GGAAAAAAUUAGAGGGAAACAAAGAGAGGGGGAAAAUAUAGAUUCUGAUUUUGAAUUUGCAUAAAUUGCGACAUUUUUGUUUUCUUUUACUCCGUUUACAAGGUUUUCAUUCAAAUCAAUUUAAAAUUUAAGAUUUGAUUUCAAAUAGGUUCCCAUUGCUUUUGCUUUUCUUGGAGCGAACAUUAUUUUGAACAGUCGUUGAAAACAGUUAUAAACACAAAUCAAUUCCCUAAAAUGAAGAUGAAUCUACCUUUCAAGGUCGGGCAAGUGGCGGAAGCUAGGACUUUCGAGGAGGGUUUUCGCGGUGCGUGGUUCCGAUGCAAGAUUAGAAAGAUCAGCAAGAAAAAGGGAAAACUUGGACAUGUCUUAGAAUAUAUUGACUUCACCGAGGAGAAAUUAGACUGGACCAAGCUAUAUCAGGUGCCCUCUCAUUAUGAGGGGAACAUAAAAGGGAAACAUGGAGAAUUGAUGGUGAGGCCACCCUACCCACCCAUCUAUAAAGAAAAGCAAAUGCCUCAUGUCAGUGAGAUCACAGAAGAUACUGUAAUUGGCGGUGAUUCCUGGAGGGUGGGUAAUUUGGUGGACUGGUGGACUAAUGACUGUUUUUGGUCUGGAAGAAUAACACAAUUAUUAGGUGAUGACGCGGCCCAGAUCGAGCUGCCACCCCCACCUCUUGGCGAAGGUUCAUCUGAUAAAGCACUUCUCAAGGAUUUACGUCCAUCAUUAGACUGGUCUCCUGAACUUGGUUGGACAGUACCUACUCAGGAAGGUGACCCUUGUGCUCGCGUUGUUAAACCUGUAAAUCAAGUUAUUGACAGGGUAAUUCAAGUUGAGGAUUUGCAUAAUGCUGGUCAAGAAACUGAGGCCGGUCAGAGGCCAGCCAGUUCGUUGCUCUCUUCGCCAGUUCCCUCCAACUCAGCCAUUCCAGAUGCAGCAAAGAGCAUAACGGCAACAGAGAUGCGGACAUGUUCUCCGGGGAAGGCAGUUUCUAAGAAACGAAAGCACAAACAAGAGAGAAACCCUAGCCAGGGAGCCGAUGAUAGCAGCAGAAGAGAAACAAGUCGGGUAGUGGCUGAUUCUGGGCAGAACAGAGCUGAACCUGCAGCUGAAAUUGCUCAGGAGGAACUGAAUCCCGGCCAUUCCCAGGUAACAUACAUUGCCAGUGGUCGACUCGUUCUACAUUCAAAAUGCUCUGAUCGUGUUGAAGCAGCAAUCUUGGACUUGGAGGAAUAUGUGAACAAGGUUAAGUGGCUCAAGAAGCUUAUGCAAUGCGGAAUUUCAUCAUCUGGUGCUCAGGUGCCUCACUGGGAAUUUGAGUGACAAGUCGAUGCCUUCGAAAUCUUGAAGUAAAUAUGCAAGAUAGAAGCUGAAAAUUAUUUGGCCCAGGUAUUUUUGAAUGUUUAUAUACAUUUGCACUUCCCUUGCCAAAUACUCCCUUCUUCCUUUAAGAGAGUAUCACAUGGGGAAUGACACGAGUUUUAAAAAAUAUUUAGUGCAUAAUAUGUUGAGUGGAGAAAGGAAUCUAUUAUUUGUUAGAUAAUCAUCCACAAUAGAGAGCCAAUGUGGGCUCUUAGAUGUGGUUCUCACCAUUUAAGAGCACACCAUCUACUAUGGGAGAGCUAACGCCCUAACUCUUAAAUUUUGAGUUUCAUUUUGUAUUUCAUUUUAAUGUUGUUUUUAAUUAAAAUUAACAACUUAAAUUUCA